AUGCAGUUCCAGUGGGACUGGCUGUGCUUGGGUGUCCUGAUAAUUAGCUCAGUGACUGCAGAAAUUGAAAAUGAAGAAACUCUGGAUGCAGAUGUUGAAAUGGAGGAUUUUGACAAGCAGUCUGAAGAAGCUGAUGGUGACACAGAGAAAUCUUCCUUGCAGGUUGUGUACCAGACUCCAAAGCCAACUGGGGAAGUGUAUUUUACAGAAACCUUUGAUGGAGUACUGGCUGGGUGGGUGUUGUCUAAAACCAAGAAAGAAGACACGGAUGAUAACAUUGCUAAAUAUGAUGGAAGAUGGGAGGUAGAAGAGCUGAAAGAAAACACAGUGCCUGGAGACAGAGGAUUAGUGUUAAAAUCUGUGGCAAAGCAUCAUGCAAUAUCAGCUAUGCUCACAAAGGCAUUUAUUUUCGAUAAUAAACCUUUGAUUGUUCAAUAUGAAGUGAAUUUUCAAGAAGGCAUUGACUGUGGUGGUGCAUAUAUUAAACUUCUCUCCAGUAAUGAUGACUUGAAUCUGGAAUACUUUUUUGACAAAACACCUUAUACUAUUAUGUUUGGACCAGAUAAAUGUGGAGAAGAUUACAAACUACACUUUAUCUUCAGACAUAAGAAUCCUAAAACCGGAGAAUAUGAUGAAAAACAUGCAAAACGUCCUGACGUAGACCUAAAAAAAUUCUAUUUGGACAAGAAGACGCAUCUAUAUACUCUUGUGCUAAAACCAGAUGAUACAUUUGAAAUGUUAAUCGACCAAUCGGUUGUCAAUAAAGGAAGUCUUCUUGAGGAUAUGGUUCCUCCAGUAAACCCUCCCAAGGAAACAGAGGAUCCUAGUGAUAAGAAACCUGAUGAUUGGGACGAGAGACCAAAAAUACCUGAUCCAAAUGCUGUCAAACCAGAUGACUGGGAUGAAGAUGAGCCUUCCAAAAUAGAAGAUCCUGAUGCUGUUAAGCCUGAGGGAUGGCUUGAUGAUGAACCGCAGUAUGUUCCAGACCCUAAUGCCGAAAAACCAAAGGACUGGGAUGAAGAAAUGGAUGGGGAGUGGGAAGCCCCUCAGAUCCCUAAUCCAAAGUGUGAGAGUGCACCUGGGUGUGGACAGUGGGUGCGUCCCAUGAAGAAUAACCCAAACUAUAAAGGAAAAUGGAAAGCACCUAUGAUAGAUAAUCCUAACUAUCAGGGAAUCUGGAGCCCUCGAAAAAUACCGAAUCCAGACUAUUUUGAGGAUCUUCACCCAUUCAAGAUGACCACUGUCAGUGCUAUUGGCUUAGAACUCUGGUCUAUGACGCCUGAUAUCUACUUUGAUAACUUCAUUAUAUGUUCAGAAAAAGAAGUAGCAGAUCGUUGGGCAGCAGAUGGCUGGGGCUUGAAGAAAUUAGUAGCCAGUGCUAAUGAGCCUGGUAUGUUUAGUCAACUGGUGACUGCUGCAGAAGACCACCCAUGGCUCUGGGUUCUUUACAUCCUGACAUUAGCUCUCCCUGUUGGUCUAGGUGUGUUGUUCUGCUGGCCAGCAAAGAAAGUAGAUGAAGGUAUUGACUUCAAAAAAAUGGAUAUAUCCAAGCCAAUUACAAAGGGAGAACUAAAACAAGAAAGAGAAGAGUUAGAAGAUGAUGAAAUAGAAUUAGAAGAAGAAAAAGAAAAUGAAGAUACUGCUGAAGAUGAGAGAAGAGAAAUGGAAGAGACAAAAAGAGAGCUUAUAAAGGACACAAAGAAGAUGGGAAGCGAGGCUCCUCCUUCAGAAGAUGAGGGUGGUGAAGGUAUUGAUGAAGAUGAAGAAAAUGAAGUUGCAGAUGGAAGUCAAGAAGAAGGUGAUAAGUCAAAUAAAUCUGGUUCAGAAGAUGAGAUGAAAGAAGCUGAUGAAGGCACAAGUUCUGGAGACGGUCCACUGAAAUCAGUGCGCAAAAGAAGAGUACGAAAGGACUGA